CAGAACCCUUUUCGUUCUUCUCGAAGAUUUCGACAGCGACGGUCUUAGGUUUCUAGUUUCCAUGGUACCACCGCCCAAGGGAGUCAACGAAGAAAUUGUCAAAGAAGUAUUCAACAGCGCAACCGGAUUCGUUCGCGUCGAUGCCCCAAUAUUUCAUAAAAAUACCUAUUUCCAGUGCAGUAAUGCCAGCACGAGUUCAGCUGCACCAACCCUUGACACUCCUUAUCCUAGGCCUGUGUCUCGGUCCUGCAACGUCCAAAAACUCGAGAGUAUCAUUCCUUCAGAGAAAUUAUUUUCCGCCAAAAGUAUGAUAACCCAAAAUCCCGUGGUCCAGAAUGAUUCUAACGUUCCAAUAAACAGACUGAAAACAUCUCCCCAGAUAAUACCUUCAGAAUCUUCGGACGUUUUUCGCGGUUUUCCACCGAGCGAGAUAUUCAACACCCAGAGUCAUGUGCAGAGUAUAAAAAACUUCUACAGACCGUCGGCGAGCUACGCUUUUCCCGCUCUUCCGCCCGGACAAGGAUUCGUCAAUUUUGCGGGUCAAAUUGUCGCAAAAAAUUCGGGACAAAUUCAGCAAUCCCUCGGCACGGGGCUGGUGGGCCCUGCGUAUCGACCAAAAUGGUUUCAAAACCCGUAUUUAGUGCAAAAAAAUAGCUAUCCCGUUCCAAAGUAUCAGAACUUCUACUUGAAGACCGUGAACAAUCAGUACGUAAAAGUGCCCGCCGCAAAGGUGAACAAUUUUUCCCAGGCGAGCAUAAACACCUCGCAGGCUUCUUAUCAGGCUAUGUACAACAACGCCCAUGACUACUUGAGGAACAGAAGUAAUACCGUGACUAGCGGUUUGCUGGAGAAGGUACAACGACAUAGAAGUCUUCAAGAAGCAACCAUUAAAACUAUGGUUGCGAAGUGCGAGUCAUCGAAAAUCGACGCAGUCCCUCAAGUUUUCGACGGUGGCGAUGAUCUUCCGAGUGUAGAGAUUCGCUCCGUUGAUGACUCCAGCGCUGUCAACUCAAAUCAGGAGGAAAAAAUUAUUCAGAAGAAGACCACUAUUGGUAUUAUUUCUAAGAGCAGAAAUUCAACGGGAAAAAUAAAUAGUUCAAAUAUUUGCAAUACGUCACUGGAACCUACAGUUGCGAGCAAUUAUUUGUUAGAUACUGCCGAUGGUAAAGUUUUUACGGAGGAUUACGCCGGUGCAGAUAAUUCAGCCGCGAAUCAGGACAGCUUUGAACAAUUUGCCAAAGAAGUCAGAAUGAGACAGCGCGCUAUACAGGAAGAUAUAUACAAAAUGGACAUCGUUCACGGCGAUUUUCUCCCUGAAGAAGGAAUCGACGAUAAGGAAGACGCCAGCUCGAUCAAAUCCGAGAUUCUGACAGCAAGUGAGGAGCUCAUAAACAGUUGCAAGAAGUUUUUAGACCGAGCAAAAUCGGGUGAAUCUGUUGGUCAACACUCUUCAACUCUUACAGAAGUCCCGAUUUUUCCGAGAACCAGAUCAUUAAGCGACGUUCGUGAGGAAACGUCAGUCCAGUAUCAGUCUGAUUCAAAUUUAUGGAGAUUGUUGACAACAAAAGAUGAUUCCGGAAUUAACGCGGAAAAGAUUGUUCAAACCAGUGAUAUCCCUAAGACCCUGGAGGUCUCUUCGGAUCAGAGGACGCCCCAUUCUCCCGUAGAAAUCGCCGCGAUCAAAGAGGCGGAAUCCGUAGACUCGGCACCGUCGAAGCGAGUGGUAAGAAAAAAAAAAUUAGACGUGCUGACUGCCAAAGCCAAGAGUCAGAAGGCCGCUCAAAAAGGAUCUGCAACCGUCUUAGUCGAACUUCAAGAUGAUGCCAGCCUCUCAGAAGUUGGGCCUAAGUCGUGCACCAGAGCGAAGAGUAUUUCGCAGGCGGAUUUUUCCGCUAGGUGCCCCAAAUCCAUUGCUUCGCAUACGUUAACAUCUCCCAUUCGUCCAUCCACCACAAUGGCCGAAUUAGCAGCUUACAAUAAACAAUACUACGACGCAUUGCUGAGCAUUCAGAAAGCGAAAGCUGCCGUGGCAAACUCUCUGGCCAUUUCAUCGGUGGCAACUGGUCCGGUCGGUUUUGAUCCGUACUAUUAUAAUUACGUGCAACAGCAACAUCGUCAGAUCAUUCAGCGUCGUCAGCAGCAGAUUCUCAUCGAUCAUCACCGUUAUCCGCAGCAAAAAUCGCUGUCCACUGGACCUGCGCCCUGGUACGGACCUUCCGAUUGGAGGUAUCCCGUCAUCGGACAAUCCAGGUUACCUCACGGACCCCAAAUGCUCCAUCCUCCUUCCCGUUGGCCCCCAAGUGUCGGGUUCAUGGGCAGGGAUUCACAAAUUUCCAGCCUGCCCCAAAGGCAGAAGACAAACGUGACUCAGCAAUCAAAGGUGCCGGUAAAACGUAGGAAACUUGAAGAAAUAGUUGGAAGGCUUAAAGAGACUGAAAGCAACUCCGCGACUAACUAACCGAGUGUAUUCCAAUAUAAAUAAAAUUACCUCGCGACGGAGAAAUUUGGAUAAACUACUUCUGUCACUCAGCAGAAAUUAUCUAUUUGUAUCGUACAUCUCGAUACUAACCGAUGACCGUGUACAUUAUUAUUUCUUGUAUUACCAUUAAAAUUAUUAUAGAUUGUAAUGUUAUGUAACUGUAUAUUGUUUUAUCGCAGGCUUACGUAUAGUACUCUAUACAUGUAUAACUACCUGCUGGUUCGAUCAAUUCAGGCGUAAUCCUCGCAAAUUAAAAUCUACCCUGAUUGAAUUUUUUCAAUUUAUAUUCGUUUUAUUCUAUUUCCCAGAUUAUUCGAUUCAACGUCGGGGGUAUCCGAAUGAUACGUGUUUUUAUGUAUAAUGAUAAAUUUAAAAACAUUUAUGUGUAGAUUAUUUUCGAGACAAACAUUAUAUUCAACAUUCGUGUUUAACGUGCCUCCAGUUGUAGGUAUCUUAAGAUGGAACAAAUCGUUCGGCCUCGAAACAUCUGCACUUGUGUUAUUGGAAUAUAAAACGGAAAAUUAUUAAUCUUACACGCAAUAUAAUUGCGAUAAUGCAUGCGUGUUAUUACGU